CUGGCCGGCUGCGGGGCAGAGCCGGGGACCCCGGCACGGAUGCAGGCCGGUCCCCGUCGGCGAGAGGCAAGGGAUGUGGGGGCUUAACACGCUUGCCUUGCAAAGGCCAAAGGCAAAUGUUAUAAGUCCCUUUUUUUUUCUCCAAGAAAUAAUGCCAACACCUAAGUCUAAACAAUCAAAAUACAGCAAUUCUAGCAUGCUUUUUCAGCCUUUUCCAGUCACUUCUUUAGGUAAGAUGCACUGUUUCUCUUCGUCUUUGCACAUACUGUUUGUCUAAUUUAUGACAUUAUUCAACUUAAUAUGAAAGACCAGCUUCCCUUGUGAAAGGAAGAAAGAAAAAAAAUCUGAUUGCGAAGAAAAACAAAAGGCUGUGUUAAUUAAGGUUUGUUUGUUUUUUAGUGACAUGGGCAGGCAUCACACCUGAGCAGUGGCUGAAGGGAAGAGGGGGACGGAGCUUACUUGGGCUUUUCCUUACUGUUGCUCCAAAUCUUAUUUAUUUAUUUUUCUGUAUAAGUUUCUUUUUAAUUGUGCUUUGGAUGAAAGUUUACAGCGCAAAUUAGUUUUUCAUUCGAAUAUUUAUGUACAAACUGUUUUGUAAUAUUGAUUGCAAUGCCCACAUUAUGUCAGCACUCUCCCUCUUUCCUUUUCCACCCUGGGUUCCUGGUGUCCAUUCCUCAGGUUUUCCUGUCCCUACCUGCCUUCUUGUCUUUGCUUUUAAAGGGCAGGCAUUGCCCAUUUAGUCUUGUGUACUUGAUUGAACUAAGAAGCACAUUCCUCAUGUGUGUUAUUGUUUGUUUUAUAGGUCUGCCAAAUCUUUGGCUGAAAGUGAACUUUGAGAAUGGCUUCAGUUCUGAGUUAGUAGGGUAUCUGGAGGCCAUAGUGCAGAAUAACCUAGGUAUCUUGUGGUCUGAAAGAGAAGAAAUUGAAACUGCACAAGCUUACCUAGAAUCAUCAGAAGCUCUAUAUAAUCAGUAUAUGAAAGAGAUUGGAAGUCCUCCUCUUGAUCCUUGUGAGCAUUUUCUUCCUGAAGAAGAGAAAUUUACUGAACAAGAGAGAUCAAAAAGAUUUGAGAAGGUUUAUACUCAUAUCUUAUAUUACCUGGCUCAAGUCUACCAGCAUAUGGAAAAAUUUGAGAAGGCUGCUCAUUAUUGCCACAGUACCCUAAAACUCCAGCUUGAGCACAACGCCUACCAGCCUGUAGAGUGGGCCAUUAAUGCUGCUACCUUGUCACAAUUUUACAUCAAUAAGCUAUGCUUUAUGGAGGCCAGGCACUGUUUAUCAGCUGCUAACGUCAUUUUUGGUCAAACUGGAAAGAUCCCAGCCACAGAAGACACUACUGAAGGUGAAGGAGAUGUACCAGAGCUUUAUCAUCAAAGAAAAGGGGAGAUAGCAAGAUGCUGGAUCAAAUACUGUUUGACUCUCAUGCAGAACGCCCAGCUUGCCAUGCAGGACAACAUAGGAGAGCUUGAUCUUGAUAAACAAUCUGAGCUUAGAGCUUUAAGGAAAAAAGAACUAGACGAGGAAGAAAGUGUUAGGAAAAAAGCUGUGCAGUUUGGAAAUGGUGAACUGUGUGACGCCAUCUCCGCAGUGGAAGAGAAAGUGAGGUAUCUGAGACCUUUAGAUUUUGAAGAAGCCAGAGAACUUUUCUUACUGGGUCAGCACUAUGUCUUUGAGGCAAAAGAGUUCUUUCAGAUUGAUGGUUAUGUCACCGACCAUAUUGAAAUUGUCCAGGACCACAGUGCUCUGUUUAAGGUGCUGGCAUUCUUUGAAACUGACCUGGAGAGACGAUGCAAGAUGCAUAAACGUAGAAUAGCCAUGCUAGAGCCCCUAAUUGUAGACCUGAAUCCACAGUACUAUCUGUUGGUCAACAGACAGAUUCAGUUUGAAAUUGCACAUACUUACUAUGAUAUGAUGGAUUUAAAGGUUGCCAUUGCGGACAAGUUAAGGGAUCCUGAUUCACACAUCGUAAAAAAAAUUAAUAAUCUUAAUAAGUCAGCACUGAAGUACUACCAGCUCUUCUUAGACUCCCUGAGAGACCCAAAUAAAGUGUUUCCUGAGCAUAUAGGGGAAGAUGUUCUUCGCCCUGCCAUGCUAGCUAAGUUUCGAGUUGCCCGUCUCUAUGGCAAAAUCAUCACUGCCGAUCCCAAGAAAGAGCUAGAAAAUUUGGCAACAUCAUUGGAACAUUACAAAUUCAUUGUUGAUUACUGUGAAAGGCACCCUGAGGCUGCCCAGGAAAUAGAAGUUGAGCUAGAGCUUAGUAAAGAGAUGGUGAGCCUCCUUCCAACAAAAAUGGAGAGAUUCAGAACCAAGAUGGCCCUGACGUAAUCUGUGUUUUUAAAGAAAGGAAAUGUGCAAUAUUGAAGCGCUUCUUUCCCUUAUCAAACCGGCCUCAUUCCCCAUCACAUUUACCUCUACAGCUAGAUGAGCGCGUUCAAACUGAGGUACAGUCAGACCAGUUGAGUCUUUGCUAGGACCUUAAUCAACAUAAAGGUAAUUAAUAAUCUACACUUAAUUAUGUAAAUUGCCUUGAUGAAGUGACUGUGAUUGGUAUUUCAGAUUGCUUGUUUCCUAUUUAAAUAUAAACUUUUACUGCUUCAGUUUCUAAUGUUGUUGGCUAGUACUCAAUGGAUUAGUUUACAGGGGAAAAUGCUGGGUAAUGUACCUGGAAGACAAGCCUGUUACUACAUUAAAAUUGAAAAAGUAACUUUCUGAAGUUAUUCUUUCCAAAAUACUUACUUUCCAAAAUUCCCAAAGAAAUCUUUGCUUUUUGAAAAUAAUAAAACCUAAGUUAUGUUUAUUUUGUGUGUUGCAGAGUAGUUUAUCUCAAUUAUAUUCCUUGCUGGAAAUAUAAUAAAUUGACUUGUUCCACUAAUAAAAACUUCUGUUUUCUUUUUUGUUUUCUUGAAAGAAUAGGUUUUAUUUUUUUGACGCUUCAAAGAUAUUAACUUAUGUGAAGCCAGGGAAGAAUAUUUCUUCAAUAACAUUGCACUGUUAGAAAAUAUUAAAGUCUUUUCAUUUAAUAAAUAUUUAUUGAGCUACUACUGUGUGCCAGAAAUGAUUAUUGGCUGUGGUUUCUCAUCCCAGGGUCCUGGUAUAUUUAUAAACCUGUAAGCACUAAUGAAAAAUGAUUUUGUACUUCAUAAUUAAACAUUGUUAAUGUAUAAUAUGUUAGUCAUCAUAAGAAAUACAUAGUUGACAUGGAGUCCUUAUCCAGUGUACACAUCAGGAUGGUUAUAUUUGGUAGGGAAAAUAACUCAGUGUUGGCUUGCCUAUUAACUUGCUUCUGAAAGUUUAGGACUAGGUCAGCUCUAAAAUUCUGUAAUGUUUACAUACUUGAUAGUCCUCAGCUUGCUAGGACAAAAAUCUUUUUGAGUGUCAGUAAUGUGUAAUUUAUUCAAUAUUUAAUAUUUAUUAAGUGUCCACUAUGGGUCAGGCACUGUUCUAGUUUUCUAAGCGUAGAGGAUACAGUGAUGAACAAGAAAAACAAGGUUCCUGUUCCCAUGGCUCAAGUAAAGAAAUGAGCAAGAUAGAUUCUAGACAUAAGUGCUGUUAACAAAGGAAAACAGUAGUAUGGUAAACAUUUAAUGAGAAAGGGUGCUGCUUUAGCUAUAGUGGUCAGAUAAGUGGGAGAUGACAUUGAGCUGGGAACUAAAUGGAAAAAAGGGCAGCCAAGCACAAGUCUUUGGGUGGAGUGUUCCAGGAAACUCUAGGCCCUCAAGCUGAAUGAGUUUAGGAAGGAGUUUGAUGUUUUAGAAGGUAGGAAAGGCCAGUGUAGCUGGAGCAGAUGGGAGUGGGCUGAGGUAGGGGAAGGGAGUCCAGAUGGAGAGAGCUUUAUAGAUCAGGAUAAGGAAUUUGGAUUUUAUUCUAGGUGCGGUGGGGAACAUUGAGAAUUUUAAGAAGGAGGGUGGCAUGAUCUGAUUGGCAUUUUUAAGAAACCACUCUGGCUCCUAAGGAGAGUACACUGUAGAGGUUGUCGGGGAGGUGGGGAAGCGGGGAGAUGAGCUAGGUUCUGAUAAAUCCAAGUGAGAGAUUAAAGUGUUUUUGGCUAGAGAGAGAGAGUAGGGAUGGGGAGAAGUGGAUACAUUUGCUAUGUGCAUUGGAGGUAGAACUACAGGACAUGCUAAAGGAUUAAAUGUACAGCAUGAAGGGAAAAGAAGAAUCAUGCUGAGGAAGUCUGUGGGAGGAGGACGUUUUUAUGGACGAGGUAGAGUUGGAGCCCUGGUGGCGCACUGGUUAAGAGGUCAGGUGUUAAUCAAAAGGUCGGCAGUUUGAAUCUACCUGCCGCUCCUUGAAAAACCUACAGGGCGGUUCUGCGCAAUCCUAAAGGGUCAUAUGAGUCAGGAUUGACUCGUCAGUCGGCAAUGGGUUUCAUUUUUUGGUUUAUGGAAUUAGAAUGAAGAGUUCUGUUUAGAUAGUGUUGAGUUUAGAAUGUUAAUCUUGAAGUGAAUUGAUUACUAAUAAGACCCUAUAAUCAAACUUUAUAAGGAAAGAAAAAAGGGUCAAGAGGAGGCAGAGAGGGAAGGGAGGUUUCUGUGGGGUAAUGAUACAGCAUUGCAUUUCACCUACUCAUUUCUUCAACUCUUUCUUUGAAAACUAAUUCUAGAACAAACACCCUGUUGUAAGACUUACUGGAUACAGCCAUUUUGCUAUCAGCCUUAUUCAGCUUCAUAACUUCAUUUAUAUAUUCAUUCAUUUAAUGAACUACUAAGCUCUUUCUGUGUGUUAGGCACUGUGCUAAGCUCUGAAAAUAUGAUCUGUAAGACAUACUCUCUUAAAUCUUGGUAGUUUUUUUUUCUUCUCAACUGUGUGUUAUUCAACUUGAGUUCAAAAGAUAAAAUUCAAGUAUAACAAGCACUAUUUUUAAAGCCAGUCUUUAUCCUAAUAGCCAUCAACAUACUCAGUUAUUUGUUGUUUACUGUCUGUGGUGACUUUUCGUAUUUUAAGACUUUGUCUUCAUCAAUUGGUCCCAACCCACCUGGAGCAAAGGAGAAUGAAGAACACCAAAGACACAAGGACAAGAGACAAAAAGGGCCACAUAAACCAGAGACUCCAUCAGCCUUAGACCAGAAGAACUAGAUGGUGCCUGGCUACCACCAGUGACCACUCUGACAGGGAACACAACAGAGAGUCCUUGAUGGAGCAGGAGAACAGUUGGGUACAGAACUCAAAUUCUAGUAAAAAGACCAGACUUCAUGGCCUGACUGAGACUAGAGGAAACCCAGAAGACAUGGUACCUGGACUCUCUGGUAACCCAGAGCUAAAACCAUUCCUGAAGUCAACUCUUCAGACAAAGAUUAGCCUGGACUAUAAGACAUAAAAAGAUACUUGUGAAGAGUGUACUUGUUAGUUAAAGUAGAUACAUGAGACUAAAAGGGCAGCUUCUUCCCAGAGGCAAGAUGAGGAGGCAGAAGGGGAUAGGAGCUGGUUGAAUGGACACAGGAAAUCCGGAGUGGAGGAGGGAGUGUGCUGUCACAUUGUAAGGAUGGUGGUUGGGGUCGUAGCAGUGUGUAUAUGUUUUUGUGUGGGAAACUGGCUUGGGCUGUGAACUUUCACCUAAAGUACACUUUAAAAAAAAAACAAAAAACAAAAAAACUUUAUGUUCUAAAAAAUAGACUUUGUCUUUAGUUACCAGCAGAACAUCUCACUGGCUGCUUUGCAGUCCUACGCCCUGUUCACAAAGCCCGUUCCACCAACGUUGCUGUCUUUGUGCAUGGCUUCCCAAAGACAGCUGCCCUCCAGGACUUCAUUGCAGUUCUAGACCAGCAGUUCUCAAACUUCUUAAUCUCAGGACCCCUUUGCACUUAAUAUUAUUGAGGACCCCAGAGAGCUUUUGUUUAUGUGAGUUAUAUCUUUCUGUAUUUACCCUAUUUGAAAUUAAAAUUGAGAAAUUUUAACAAGGUUAAUUUGUUAAAAUGACAAUAGUAAACCCAUUUCAUUGACAUAUAAAUAACAUGAAAAAUAAUUAUUUUUCAAAAACAAAAUAGAGGAGUGGCAUUGUUUUACGUUUUUGCAAAUGUCUUUAAUGUCUGUUUAAUAGGAGACAGCUUAAUUUUCACAGCUGUUGUGAUAUGGGAAACCCUGGUGGUGUAGUGGUUAAGUGCUACAGCUGCUAACCAAAGGGUCAGCAGUUUGAAUCCACCAGGCACUCCUUGGAAACUCUAUGGAGCAGUUCUACUCUGUCCUAUAGGGUCACAAUGAGUCGGAAUCGACUCGACGGCACUGGGUUUGAUUUUUUUUUUUGGUUGUGAUAUGUCAUGUCAUAUGGCCUUUGAAAAACUCUACUGUGCAUUUGUGAAAGAAGAGAGUGAAAAAGUUAAAUAAUGCCUUAGUAUUAUUAUGAAAAUAGUUCCAUGGAUCCCCUGAAAGAAUGUUGAAGACCCUCCCCUCAAGGUUCCCUGGACCAGGACCUGGACCAUCAUAGUGAUAGGAUUUACAACACCCAGGAAAAUCACAUUGGUGGACAAUCACAAUACUGGGAAUCAUGGUCUAGCCAAAUUGACACAUAUUUUGGGGGGACACAAUUCAAGCCAUGGCAAUACCUUUUUACAUUUUUGUUUUUAUUAGAAAAUAGACUUGUCCACAUGUCAAAUGCUCUUUGUUUUGGUCAGUUAAAUUCCUCUUUUACUCAGGGUUUGAUGAACUUUUUCUGUAAAGAGCCAGAUGGUAAAUAUUUUGCACUUCGCAGGCCAUACAUCCUCUGUCACAAUUAGACAGCUGUGGAAAGCAGUCAUAGGUAAUACGUAAAUGAAUGAAAAUGACUGUGUUCCAGAAACUUUACUCACAAAAACAAAUGGCAGGCCACAUUUGGCCUACCAGCUAUAGUUUGCCAACUCUUGCUUUUACUGGUUUAAUUUGGGGGUUUGUUUAGGCCUUAUAUGUAAGGUACUUAUUAUAAAAGCUAGUAUUAUUGAGCAGUAUCUAGACAUGGUGUAUGCGUUAUCUCAUAUAAUUGUCUGAAAAACCCUCUGAAGUGGGUACCGUUAUCCUCGUUUUCCAGAAUGUGAAACUGAGGCUUAGAACUUAAGUGACUUGCCCAAGGUCACAUAGCUAGGAAGUGGUAAAGCUAUUAUUUGAACCAAGGUAAGUAUAAAUAACUUUCACAAACUUAAAAAGCUACCAGGUUUUAUCAAUUUUAGUUUGAAUGGAUUAUAGGAAGGGAAAGCCAGUAAGCCAGGCAGAAGCUGCAAUAAGAGAUUAACCUAAAAUCACACAUCGUCCAGACCAUACUUAUAGCUAUAUCUCUGUAGGUCUAUACAGAUAGAUGUUUAAAAAAUUAUUCGUUUUGUUUCUAAGUAGCUGUAGUGAUGUUUUUGAACUUUUCAUAGCCCCCUUCAGUACAUGUCUCUUUUAUUUUCACAAUCAGUUACUACUCGUGAGUUGUGAAGAGAUGUGUUAGGGCAACAAUACUUUUUAAAUGGCCCAAUGUAUAUAGAUGCAUUUAUAUUAUAAGCAGUAGUACACAAAUGAGCUGUCUGACUAUUUUGCACUCCAGAGAGAUGUAAUCUUUUAAAAAAAAAAAAAUCAAUUGGGGAUCACUAUAUCCAUUCCUAUUAUUGUUCAUUAUUAUUUGUAAUAUUAUUAGAAAAAACCUGGAAUGGGAAAAAAUUUCAGGAAAGCAACCAGGAUUUGAGUCAAGGAGAAGUCCCGGAGAAAGUACAGCUCUCAUAAAAUUUUACCGCUGUAAUCCAAGCAGGCUCUUUAAGCCAGUAACUUCCUUCUCAGGAAGGCCAUGACCCAGUGUUUAUUUUUCAUCCACAGAAAGUAACAAGAAGGCCUUUUUCGUGCUGUAUUUGAAAAUACGGUUCAAAAAUAAAGUUAAGGAAAACAGAACCUACUGAGUGAUGCUGAGUUGCUGAAUCUGACGUGACUGGCAUUUUUUAUAUAGUUAUUUGAUGAUGUUCAAUGACUAUUGAAUAGUUGAGAUAAUUAUACUUAAGAUCACAUUUUUAAUAAUAGAUAGUAUUAGCAUAAGCUCUAGGACAUUGUUUCAUAGUGCCAGUUGCCAGGACUACCUACAUCAGAAUCAUUAAGAGGUACUUAUUAAAAUGCAGAGUUCCAGCCUCUAGCCCAGACCUUGCUAGCAAAAUUUUGCUGAAGAUAAUUCAAAAAUGACUGCAACCCUACAUUGACAGUUUUCUUACUUAUAAAAACCAACCUUUUUGAUGCAUAUGUCAGUAUUUACAGCUCCUUUACAGUAGAAAAUCAAAUCUUAGUUUAAUUUUAUCCUACAAAAAUAUCAAAUAUAUGAUGGCCUAGAAGCAUUAUGCUUUUAAAAAACACCAGAAACACAUUAUGCCUAAAAAAAUGCAACAGAGAACUGCCAGAACUUCAGGCUAGAUUCAGAAGUGGACAAGGAACAGGGGAUAUCACUGCUGAAGACAGAUGGAUCUUGGUCAAAAGAAGAGACUACCAGAAAAAUACUUACCUGUGUGUUUUUUGUUUUAAUAAUUUUUAUUAUGCUUUAAGUGAAAGUUUACAAUUCAAGUCAGUCUCUCACACAAAAACCCAUAUACAGCUUGCUACACACGCCCAAUUACUCUCCCCCUAAUGAGAAAGCCUACUCUCUCCCUCCACUCUCUCUUUUUGUGUCCUUUUCGCCAGCUUCUAACCCCCUCCACCCUCUCAUCUACCCCCCAGGCAGGAGAUGCCAACAUAGUCUCAAGUGUCCACCUGAUCCAAAAAGCUCACUCCUCACCAGCAUCCGUCCCCAACCCAUUGUCCAGUCCAAUCCGUGUCUGAAGAGUUGGCCUCGGGAGUGGUUCCUGUACUGGGCCAACAGAAGGUCUGGAGUCAUGACCACCAGGGUCCUUCCAGUCUCAGACCAUUAAGUCUGGUCUUAUGAGAAUUUGGGGUCUGCAUCCCAAUGAUCUCCUGCUCCCUCAGGGGUUCUCCGUUGUGUUCCCUGUCAGGGCAGUCAUCAGUUGUAGCCGGGCACCAUCUAGUUCUUCUGGUCUCAGGCUGAUGUAGUCUCUGGUUCAUGUGGCCCUUUCUGUCUCGUGGGCUCGUGAUCACCUUGUGUCCUUGGUGUUCUUCAUUCUCCUUUGAUCCAGGUGAGUUGAGACCAAAUGAUGCAUCUUAGAUUGCUGCUUGCUAGCAUUUAAGACCGCAGACGCCACUCUUCAAAGUGGGAUGCAGAAUGUUUUGUUAAUAGAUUUUAUCAUGCCAAUUGACUUAGAUGUCCCCUGAAACCAUGGUCCCCAGACCCCUGCCCUUGCUACACUGGCCUUCAAAGCAUUCAGUUUAUUCAGGAAUUACCUGUGUUUUAUUGACUACACAAAAGCAUUGACAGAAUACCAACUGAGAUGUUUCAACAAACAGAGACAGCACUAGAGGUGUUCACUUGUCUACGUCAAAAAAUUUGGAAGACAGCUUCCUGGCCAACUGACAGGAAGAGAUCCAUAUUUGUGCGCAUUCCAAAGAAAGGUAAUCCAACAGAAUGUGGAAAUUAUCAAGCAAUGUUAUUAAUAUCACACACCAGUAAAGUUAUGCAGAAGGUCAUUCAAAAACGGUCUCAGUAGUACAUCAACAGGGAACUGCCAGAAGUUCAAACCUGAUUCGGGAGAGGACGUGGAACAAGGGGUAUCAUUGCUAUGUCAGAUGGAUCUUAGCUGAAAGUAGAGAAUACCAGGAAGAUGUCUACCUAUGUUUUAUUGACUAUGCAAAGGCAUUCGACUAUGUGGAUCAUAACAAAUUAUGGAUAACAGUGCAAAGAAUGGAAAUUCCAGAACAUUAACUGUGCUUUUGCAGAACCUGUGCAUAGACCAAGAGGCAGUCAUUUGAACAUAACGAGGGGCUACUGCAUAGUUUAAAGUCAGGAAAGGUAUGCAUCAGGGUUGUAUUCUUUCAUCAUGCUUAUUCAGUCUGUAUGCUGAGCAAAUAAUCCGAGAAGCUGGACAAUAUGAAGAAGAAUGCGGCAUCAGGAUUGAAAGAAGACUCAUUAACAACCUGUGUUGUACAGAUGACACAACCUUGCUUACUGGAAAUAAAGAGGACUUGAAGCACUUACUGAUGAAGAUCAAAGUCUACAGCCUUCAAUAUGGAUUACACCUCAACAAAAAACAAACAAAAAUCCUCACAACUGGAACAAUAAGCAACAUAAUGAUAAAUGGAGAAAAGAUUGAAGUUGUCAAGGAUUUCCUUUUACUUGGAUCUACAAUUAAUACCCAUGGCAGCAGCCGUGAAGAAAUCGAAUGACAUUGCAUUGGGCAAAUCUGCUGAAAAGACUUCUUUAAAGUUUUAAAAAGCAAAGAUAUCACUUUGAUGACUAAGGUGCACCUGAUCCAAGCCAUAGUCUUUUCAGUUGCCUCUGUGCGUGGGAAAGCUGGACAAUGAAUAAAGAAGACAGAAGAAUGGAUGCAUUCAAAGUGUGGUGUUUGCGAAGAGUAGUGACUAUACCGUGGACUACCAGGAGAACAAACAAAUCAGUCUUCGAAGAAAUAUAACCAGAAUGCUCCUUAGAAAUAAGAAUGGUGAGACUUCAGCUCACUUGCUUUGGACUUGUCCUCAGGAAAGGCCAGUCACUAGAAAAGGCAUAAAACCAUCAUGUUUGAUAAAGUAGAGGGUCAGCAAAAAAGUGGAAAACUCAAUGAGUGGGUUAACACAAUAGCAGCCACAAUGGACUCAAACAUACCAAGGCUCAUCCAGGACCAAGCAUCGUUUCCUUCCGUUAUAUACGUAAGGUCGCCAUGAGUUGGAGCCACCUCCAUGGCACCUAAUAACAACAGCAGCCAAAAUUAAUCAGAAACUCAGAGUGAGCUCAGAAAUCUUUAUUUUAGUAGAACCCUGUGGGAUAUUUAUGUACAUUGACGUUCAAGAAUCCCUACUGUCGAAGCUAAGAAAAGGAAGUUAGAGCUGGAGUGUAUUAGAGCAGUACGUAUAUGGAGAAACAGCCUGAACCAGAAAGUUAUUCUUUGUCUCCAGUUCCCAGUGGGACAGAGGGACAGAAUGAACAUUUCCAGCAGCUUUUUUUUGGGUAGCUUAGGAGCUGCAACUCUCUCCUUUCCUGGAGCUCCCUGUACAGGGAGGGAAAUUCCACUGGGUGCACACCUCCUUGGGGCUGAGGUUGGUAACCACAACACUGGGUCUCUCAGAGCCCAAGGGGAAACCUCUGAGAUAGGAGGUAGGCACUCCCUAAGGAUCCUUGAAGAGUAUUCUAGAAUCCCUCAAGGGAGGCAAGGAAAGGGAAGGAGAGGUUGUUUGACAAGGCAUAUAGACAGGGCAAGCAGCAGUCCAUGGGGGAUUUGAAUGGAAAUACCUAAUUGGUUGUCCCAGUGGUGUGUUAUUAAGUACUCUGAAGUACAAAGGCAGAACCAUCUCUCAGAAACUUGACAAAUUUGCGGUGGAGCAAAUCACUUUUUCCCCCACCCUCAUACCCCAAGAAAUGCUUUGUCCUGGUGAUGUCUGGUUAAAAUGAAGACUGAGUGCCUGGUUCUGGGGAAGCAGUCCUUUCUCCUACAGCAGACAGAGCGCCUCCUCUCUGGGCAUAUCCCAAAAUUGCAGGAUGGAGAUGCAUAUUUGUAUCUUUGAUCUACCAUCAGUGAUAACUUCAUUUGGAUAAGAGUGACAUGGCAGGUGGAUGAGAGCUUGGAACUCUCUGAAUGAGAAAAAUGAAACUUUUCCCCCAUAUCUCUUCAGCCAGGCAGCCUAGUAUACCAAUAUAUGCACCCACAGCAUAUAGUGGACUUAGCCAUUGACUGACAUGUGUCCAUACCAGGGAACCUAGGGACUACCUUGCUGCUAGGCUCAAUGGAAGCUUUUGAGUCGUCAUCAUUCCUGGCCUCUUGAUAGUAUAGGUUUGACUAACUGCUCCUUCCUCCUUUCCCUCCCACAAGACUGCACUUUUCCAUUCUUCUACCUCACCAGCCCUCCUUGUGUUUCCUUCAAGUGCUUUUUCAAUUCAAUUCAAUUCACUUAAAUAUGUUGAUCCUUAUAAUUUUGACCUAGGUUCUCAGUCUUUCCAAGCUCCCUAGGCAAUGUCAUCCAUUUUUUAUAUUAGUUACCAUCUUUAUAUAGUUCUCACGGCACUGGGUUUAUAUAGUUCUUAGUCACUUAUCCCCUUGAGAAUUUGUUGAAUGCUACUUACACACACAUACACACAAUUGAAUUAAUUUCCUUUCUUAAAAAGUUAUUUUUUUAAUAAUAUUUUAUCAAAUUACCAAUAUUUUAUAUAAUUUUUUUAUUUAGUAACGAAAAAAAGAACAAACCAAUAGUUCCAAGGAGAUUAAAAUGAAAAGUAACAGCUCCUAACACCAUCCUUCCCUACCCGUUCCCUCAACCACCCCCAGGAGGGAGCUAGGUUUAACUGUCAUUGGUGGUUACCUGGAUAUAUGUAAUAACAUGCUCAUAUCACUAUUUCUUGACUUAUCAAUUUAAAACAGUAUCUAUUCACUUCUGCCAAUGAUAGUAAAGGAUUUAGUUCACUUAUAACACCCACUUCCCCUCCUCACUUCUCAAUAUAUCUCUCAAUAUAGUUUAACAUGAUCUUUAGUUAAGCUGUGUAUUGAUAUAAUACACUUAUGUGCGUGCGUCUUGUUCCGUCUCUUGACUACCCACUAAGAUAAAGGUAUUAGUGCUCCUACCCUUCCCUGUAACUUCUCAUUCUUCAGCUUUACAAAUCACCUGUAAUUUCAUAUAUACAUUGUCAGGGUUGAGAGAUACACAUUCUGUAAUAUAAUUAAGUUCUUAUGUCUUUGUAAGGGGGUUCCAAAGUUAAUAAACAGUAUUUACAAUGAUUAUGUAAAAAUCACUCUCUGCAAAUUAAAGUAAAAUACAAUGAUCAUAUUUCUUCCCUCAGUAUUUGCCAAACUGUAACACAUUCUGAAUUGUCAAACACCCUCGUAAUCAUCUAUUCUAUAGAAUUCCUUUUUCCUCCCAGAGACCUCCCUCCUGGGGCCCUCUUUCAUCCUGCUUCAGUCUGGACUGAUUGUUCUCCGGGUCUGAUUCAAAGCUAUCAGCCUGAUGCCUCCCUCCACCACUCUCCCAGGGUGGAGCCAUUCUUUCCCGGGUCCUAUAUGUUUUUGCUUGGUUUAUUACAUUUUUUUCAUUAAAAAAGUAAUAAUGUGCUUCUUAUAACGAAUCAAGUAUUGUUGUUGUUAGGUGCCAUGGAGUCGGUUCUGUCUCAUAGCAAUCCUGUGCACAGCACAACGAAACACUGCCCAGUCCUUCCCAUCUGAGUCAAGCAUACAAAAAAAACCCAAAAACAAACCCGUUGCCAUUGAGUCGAUUCCGACUCAUAGUGACCCUAUAGGAGAGAGUAGAACUGUCCCCACAGAGUUUCCAAGGAGCACCUCGUGGAUCCAAACUGCCAACCCUUUAGUUAGCAGCCGUAGCACUUAACCACUACACUACCAGGUUUUCUAAGUCAAGUAUAGAGAUAUAUAAAAAUCU